GAGCCAUUCAGAAAUUGACCUUCGUGGACCUUAGCCUUUACGUGGAGUUUGGUGAGGAUAUCGGAUUGCAUCCUUUAGGAAUUUUCGAUAUCGUAUGCGGCAUUCUGCUGUAGAGGAACUCGAUUUAGCCUUACAGCUGGAUGCAUUGACUCUAAGCCCCAACCCGGAUCUGGAGGUGCCUAAUCCUGAUUUUGUCCGUAUGCUCAGGAAGACUCAAGCGAUAUACACCCUUCACGAAUUCACCGCUGUCCUCUAUCGUUUCGACUACAGGAAGAUAUAUAUACCUCUGUCCGUCGACCUGCGGCACACAUUAUCACACUUGGAAAUCGAUAUGGCAAAGUAUCAUGCAAGCAAGGAAGCUGAAAGCAGGUGGACGACUUUUCGCACGGUUGGCCCUAUCUCCACGCCGUCCUGCGACGUCUCCCAAAAUCCGUUGAGCAGUUCACAGUAAGCCUUAUCUUGAUGAGCGAUCCGAAGAAUCGUUACCGCAACGCAUUCAAGAACUCGCGAAGCGGCAACGCCCAAUGGACUCUGAUUCGGGUUGAACUCCGGGAAUUUGCUAGUCUACGGU